AUGAGGAUGCAAUACCUGCUCCCCACUCUGCUGUACCUCUCACUUGUGCUGCUGCGGCCUGGUGAUGGAGUCAUUGUAUUGUCUGUCCCUGAAGUGGUUUCAUUAGAAAGUGGAAGUUCAACAAACGUCACUAUCUCUCUGAGGGCUCCAUUAAAUGAGACACUGGUGAUAGCUCUUAAUAUUACGCACUCAUCGAAACACAGCACUAUUGUUGAACUGCCUGAUGAAGUACAAUUGCCUGCAGGUCACACUAAAGCAGACUUCCAAGUGAAAGCAGAUGAUGUUGGACAAGUAACAGUUUAUCUGUAUACCAUUAAUUCCAAUUUAACUGGACCUAGGAUUCAAUUUCAAGUGAUACGUAGCAUCAUAGUGAGAUAUGCUGAUGAGGUGAUUGGCUGGAUCUAUUUCCUUGCCUGGUCUAUCUCCUUUUAUCCUCAACUCUUUGAGAACUGGCGACGAAAAAGUGUUGUUGGACUGAGCUUUGACUAUAUAGCAUUAAACCUUACUGGCUUUAUAGCAUACAGUGUGUUUAAUGUUGGACUCUUCUGGAUUCCCUUGAUUAAGGAGGAAUUCUUAGUCAGUUAUCCCAGUGGGGUGAACCCUGUGGCUAUCAAUGAUGUUUUCUUCAGUCUCCAUGCAGUAGCUCUAACUCUCCUCACCAUAAUUCAGUGCUGCAUCUAUGAGAGAGCAGGUCAGAAGGUAUCCAAAGUUGUUGUUGGACUACUGGCACUUGCAUGGAUCUUCACAUUUACAACACUGUUUCUUGCUGCAGCUGAGGAAAUGACGUGGCUACAGUUCUUAUUCUGCUUCUCUUACAUUAAGCUAGCAGUCACACUGAUAAAGUAUUUUCCACAGGCGUACAUGAAUUUCCGUCGGAAGAGUACUGAGGGAUGGAGUAUUGGAAAUGUAUUACUAGACUUCACUGGUGGAAGCUUCAGCCUUCUCCAGAUGUUUCUGCAGUCAUACAACAACGAUCAGUGGAAGUUAAUCUUUGGAGAUCCAACCAAGUUUGGCCUGGGUGUCUUCUCCAUCAUCUUUGAUAUUGUUUUUAUGGUCCAGCACUACUGCCUUUAUAGGAGACAAGGGUAUGAACCUUGUGAAUAACAUCACUUGUGAAGACAAAAAAAACUUUAAAUUGAACUUGCCUGUACCAUGGCUGAGGGUUUU